GCGGGGCGGCCCGGGCUGGAGCCAUGCUCGUAGUUGCGGUGGUAGCUGCGGGCUGGCGGGGCGCAUGGUGAAGAGACCAAGACUCAAAGAGGCCACGCCACUUACUUGCCUUGGGUCACACAGCCAAAGGAGGCAGAGCCAGCACUUACACCCAGAUCCGGAGACGACAGGAAAAUGGCCACCUGGGAUGAUAAGGCAGUCACCCGCAGGGCCAAGGUGGCUCCCGCCGAGAAGAUGAGCAAGUUCUUGAAGCACUUCACCGUCGUUGGGGACGACUACCAUGCCUGGAACAUCAACUACAAGAAGUGGGAGAAUGAAGAAGAAGAGGAAGAGGAGGAGCAGCCGCCGGCAACACUGGCCUCCAGCGAGGAGGGCAGAGCUGCUGACCCAGCGGCAGCCCCUGCCUCCGCGCCUAGGCGCCCCCUAGACUUCAGGACCACGUUGAGGAAGCUCUUCAGCUCCCACAGGUUUCAGGUCAUCGUCAUUUGCCUGGUCAUCCUGGAUGCCCUCCUGGUGCUGGCCGAGCUCAUCCUGGACCUGAAAAUCAUCCAGCCUGACAAGAAUAACUAUGCUGCCCGGGUGUUCCACUACAUGAGCAUCGCCAUCUUGACCUUCUUUAUGAUGGAGAUUUUCUUUAAACUCUAUGUCUUCCGCUUGGAGUUCUUCCACCACAAGUUUGAAAUCCUGGACGCCGUCGUCGUGGUGGUGUCCUUCAUCCUUGACAUUGUCCUCCUGUUCCAGGAGCACGAGUUUGAGGCACUCGGCCUGCUGAUUCUGCUCCGGCUGUGGCGGGUGGCCCGGAUCAUCAAUGGGAUCAUUAUCUCGGUUAAGACACGUUCAGAACGGCAGCUGUUAAGAUUAAAACAGAUGAAUAUACAACUGGCCGCUAAGAUCCAACACCUUGAAUUCAGCUGCUCUGAGAAGGAACAAGAAAUUGAAAGACUUAACAAGUUGUUGACACAGCACGGACUGCUUGGGGAGGUGAACUAGAGGUGUACCUACUCCAUUCAGAAGGGAAGACUGCCUCAUGGGCUCGUGCCAAUGACCAGAAAGACCACUGCCUCUCUCGGGCCGUUUGCAGCACGGGUUUGGUUUGAUGGCUUUGCCUCCCUCCCACCCAGCUUGGAUCCUGGGGGACCAGUCUUUGGGAAGGCUCUAUUUUUUCCUUGGUGUGACGGAGAGC